AUGAUUUCAAUCUCUCGUACUUGGCGUCGUAUCUCUACUCAACUCAAAUCCAAUCUUAGCAGGAAAAGAUCAACACGCUCUACCAGCAGUUAUGGCAGCAAGAGUGGAAAAUCAGUCCGAUUCUACACAGUCGACACCAUCUACUAUACACAUUCAGCGAUAGACUAUGAUCGCACACCUUCUGAUGAAGACCUCUCCUCUAUGGAGUCUGAUGAAAGCUAG